AUGAAGAUAUUCCACAUGAUUCAUUUGAAUCCUGUAAGCAUUCCCGUGGUCGGCUUGCAUGUUCCCAAGCUGAUGACCGCAGUUGCUACAUGGAUGGUUAUUGCGCUAGCUCUCUCCCACAACUUCCUUGCCCUUGCCACCGGAACAGAGGCAGAUGCUGUUCUUCGCAGCGGAUGGUGGCCUGACUACAUUACGAGCAACACUUCCAUGUCGCAUUGCGAGUGGCUUGGCAUUUCGUGCGACAAUUCCGGAAGCGUCAUCGAAAUAAAUUUAGAACGACGAGUCUACUAUGCAACUAAUUUGAGCAACAUGGAUUUCUCUGUGCUCCGCAAUCUCGCCUCUCUUUGGUUGUCUGAUAAUUACCUCAACGGUAUCAUUCCCCUCCAAAUAUGUGCACUCCCAAAGCUCAGGCACCUCAACUUGUCCCACAAUUACCUAACUGGUGAGUUACCUAUUUGUCUCCAAAACCUCACCAUGCUACAAGUCAUUGAUAUUCAGAGUAACAAUAUCAGUAGUCGCAUCCCUCCUGAAUUGGGAAAUCUGAAGAACCUAUGGUACCUAGAUCUCAGUUUCAAUUUGCUUCUUGGCCCUAUCCCUCCGACUCUUUGUCUCUUGUCUAAUUUGAUGCAUCUCGAUUUGGGGAGAAACCUUUUCAGUGGCUCUAUUCCUCUGAAAAUAGGGAAGUUGACAAACUUAGCAUAUCUGAGCAUGGAAGGUAACAUUUUCAGUGGAUCUAUCCCGUCAACAAUAGGUAAUUUGAAGAGCCUGAUUGAGUUGAGGCUGCGCUCAAACUCCUUCACUGGUCCUAUUCCUUUGGAAAUAGGGAAGUUGACAAACUUAGCAUAUCUGAGCAUGGAAGGUAAUGGAUUCAGUAGAUCUAUUCCGUCAACAAUAGGUAAUUUGAAGAGCCUGAUUGAGUUGAGGUUGGGCUCAAACUCCUUCGCUGGCCCUAUUCCUUCAUCUCUAGCACAUUUAACUAGCUUGAGGGUUCUAGAUUUAGGUAACAAUGAAUUUGACGGUGCUAUUCCAUCGAAAUUAGGAAAUUUGAAGAGUCUCACUCAUCUCGAUUUGAGCUUCAACAACUUCUUUGGAAAAAUACCUCAUGAACUUGGGAGUUUGGUCAUGUUGAACUAUCUCGAUCUUCAUGAUAAUUCUCUUCGUGGUUCGAUUCCCAAUUUUAAAAAGCUUUUCAGCUUAGAUUACAUUGAUUUGUCGUACAAUCAUCUCACGGGAAAAUUUCCAAGUUAUCUGGGCAAUGUUCGUUAUGGAGAUUUCUCCGGCAAUGAAGGUUUGCGAGGGAUUGAUGGUUCUAGAAGAACGUCUACGGUUACGCCAAUGGUGAAAUUUAUACCGCUGAUGGCUAUACCAGUCAUUUCCUGUUUGGUUCUUGCUUAUGGGUUCAUAUUUCGACAUAGAGUGAAGAGCAUGCAAUCAGAGACAACAGAAAAAAAUGGAGAUUUUUUGUCAAUCUGGAAUUAUGAUGGGAGAAUUGCAUAUGAAGACAUAAUCAAUGCAACAGAAGAUUUUGACAUUAAAUAUUGCAUCGGGAUCGGCGGUUACGGUAGUGUCUAUAGAGCACAAUUGCCCAAUGGGAAAAUCGUGGCAUUGAAGAAACUUCACCGUCUUGAAGCAGAAGACCCAUCAUUUGACGAGAGCUUCCGGAACGAAGUGAAACACUUGACUGAAGUACGACAUAGAAGCAUAAUUAAGCUCCAUGGUUUUUGCUUACAUAGGCGAAGCAUGUUCUUGGUUUAUGAAUACAUGGAAAGGGGGAGUCUAUUUUGUGCUUUGAGAGAUGAAGUUGAAGCGGUGGAGCUAGACUGGUCUAAAAGACUCAAUAUUGUUUGGGAUAUGGCACAUGCCUUGUCUUACCUACACCACGAUUGUGCUCGGCCAAUUAUUCAUCGAGACAUUUCUAGCAACAACAUUUUGCUCGACAACAAAAUGCAGGCUUUCCUAUCAGAUUUCGGCACGGCAAGACUCCUAGAACCUAAUUUCUCAUCGAAUCUCACUGCAAAUAUCGUAGGCACUCUUGGAUAUAUAGCACCGGAGCUUGCUUUCACUUUGGUCAUCAAUGAGAAAUGCGACGUAUAUAGCUUUGGAGUGGUAGCAAUGGAAACAAUCAUGGGUGAGCAUCCGGCCGAUAUCAUCUUGAUAUUCUCGACACUCUUUAGAGAAGAUAUUAUGCUACAUCAGAUAUUAGACCCACGCUUGCCAAUCCCAAGAGAGAAUUCUACCGCAAGAAGUAUCGUUCUAGUAGUUUCUCUAGCGCUUGCUUGCUUAAGUAGCGAUCCAAAGUCUCGACCCACGAUGAAACAAGUUUCGGAAACUUUUCGAGCUCCAAAACUAGCGUUGCCCCAACCCUUCCAUUCCAUCUCGCUUGCGCAGCUCCAAAAAAAUAAUCAAGGAGUAUGGUGGGAAGGUGGAUCAAGAGAAGCAUCGUCAAGGCUACAAGAAGAGCAAGGACCAUGAAGUACUUGCCCCAAUACAAGCAAUAAGUUUCCAUGGAAUGAAGAGUCGAUUGAUAAAAUGAUGGUGUAAAUUGGUGAA